AUGGUAAAUUUAGUACGUGGAACCAGGGAGGGAAGCAGCCAGCAUUUCCCCCGAUCACCGGUUGCAUCGAAACCAGCCACAACAUCGGCAAAGGCGGACGGCAGAAGACAGCCACUACCAAAGCCCAAAGUUGGCGAAGAACCGAGAGGCGCAGCACAUCGACGCUUCUAUCAACGCCGGGACAAGAAACAAAGCGAGCUGAAGAAGGCCAGCAAGAGGCUGACCUGCCACAAGCGCUACAAGAUCCAGAAGAAGAUCAGAGAACACCACCGAAAAGUCAGGAAGGAGGCCAAAAAACGUGGACGCAAAAAGCCCAAGAAAGAUCCCGGUGUUCCCAGUGCCGCCCCAUUUAAGGAAAAGCUUCUGCGGGAAGCGGAGCAAAGAAAGCAGAGGCUUGAAAAACUAAAACAAAAGCAGAAGCUCAAUAGACAGAAAGAACAUGAAAAGAAGAGGAAGCUUGAAGCUAAAAAGAAUGCAGCCAAAAACAAGGAAAAAGCAGAGGGAAAGGUAGGUGAAUCCUCCGGCAAAUCUAAAGCAAAGACUAAUAAACUGCUGGAUAAAAAUUCAAAGAAAUCAUUCUGCAGGGAGCUCAAGAAGGUGCUUGAGGCCUCAGAUGUGGUUCUAGAGGUUUUAGAUGCAAGAGAUCCAAUGGGCUGCCGGUGUCCUCAACUGGAGCAAGCUGUGACUUGCUCUGGAGACAAAAAGCUGCUGUUGGUACUGAACAAAAUUGAUCUAGUGCCAAAGGAGAACUUAGAGAAAUGGUUGAAUUAUUUGAAGAAGGAAUUUCCAACAGUUGCUUUUAAAUCUGUAACAUUGAUGAAGGACAGGACUAUGGUCACAAAAAGACGUGCACGUGUUGAUUUAUCAAGAACCACUGCAUGCUUUGGAAGCAAAUGCCUUUUGAAACUUCUUCAAGAGCAUGUCAAGACUCAAAACAAAGCCAUUCAAGUUGGGGUAGUAGGUUUCCCUAAUGUGGGAAAGAGCAGUAUCAUCAACACUCUUAAAGGAGUUCGUGCUUGCAAUGUUGGCCUGUCAAGAGGUGUUACCAAGUCCAUGCAAAUUGUGCACAUUGAUAAACAGACAAAGAUGUUAGACAGUCCAAGUAUAAUUGCAGAUCCUUCCAACAGCGCCCUGGCUCUGGCCUUGAGAAGUAUCAUAGACACUGAAGAAUCAGGCUCAGCAGAUGUGCUUGAAGGAGUGGAUGCCAUUCUGAAUCACUGCAGUAAGCAGCAGGUAAUGAUGCACUAUAGCAUCCCAGAUUACAGGGACACUGAAGAGUUUUUAACUUUACUUGCCAAGAAACGGCGUAUGCUGAAAAAGGGAGGUGUUCCUGACAUAGAGAAUGUAGCUAAGUUACUGCUUUGUGACUGGACAGGUCCAGCAAGCAGCAUCAUUUUCCAGUCAGCUGGUAUGGCGAAUGGGACAAUAGAGGAAAAUGAAGUGAUAGAGCAGGCAUCACAAUGGCAAAACAUGGACAUAAGCAAGGAGGAGGAGGACGAAGAAGAAGAGGAGGACUUCACAGAAAGUGAUGAUGAUCAAGAUGAUGUGGAAGAAGAAAAUAAUGUCAAAGAGAGUGACCAUUCCAAUUCACUAUCACUCAACUUGGAUAAGACAGCAGAUGAAGAUGAUGCCUACGAUUUUAAUACAGACUAUGUGUAA